AUGGCGGACGUGGCAGCAAGCAGUGGACGACAGGACGUCGUGGUGCUCAAGAACGGCCUGAAGUUUCCAAAGGCAUCCUUCGGCUUACAGAUCUACGGCGACGAUGUGGCACAGCAGUUGACCGAGACUGCUCUGUCCUUAGGCUACAGGAACUUCUUUGCCUCCGUGCUGGCCGGAAACCAGAAGGGCUUCGCCAAGGGCUUCCAGGCCUCUGGCGUGCCCAGGGAGGAGGUGUUCAUUUGUGGCUCGGUGGUUUCGAACCGCGCCCGGGGUUUCAAGUCGGCGUAUAAGGCGACGAAGAAGGGCUGCCAGGAGAACCUGGAGGAGUUCAAGGCCGGUGGCAUCACGUAUGUGGACAUGAUCAUGCUGGACUACCCAGGACCCAACUGCGACUCCAUCAAAGGCCAGUGGCAAGCCUUCGAGGAGAUGCUCGCAGCGGGGCAGACAAAGAGUCUGGCCGUCAGCAACUUCUCACCUGAUCAGCUGGACUGCCUGCUGUCGAACUCCUCCCUGACGCCGCCAAUGGUCAACCAGCUACCAUUCUCCAUCAGCUACGCCGAGCCAAACAUACUCGAGGAGAACAGCAAUCGGGGCGUCACUCGGCGGUUCCCUUCCUCACCUUUUGUUCGGGGUUCAGGGCUCUUUUGCUAA